GCAUCACUGACAAGCACUGGACCUUACUCAUGGGCGAGGCGCACAGAGCUACCUGGUUUCACGUGCGCAACUCCAGUGACACAGGUCGCUCUACCCGUGGCUCGCGCCCUGGAGUCACCUCAGCUGACCUCAUCUUCAGCGCUGCCUUCAUCGGGCCCUUGCAGUGGAUCAUGGACUCGCUCAAAGCUCACGACGUGCAGGUCAUCUUUGGCACCCCCGCCAACUCGCUGUGCAGCCAGGGCAUCAACGUCGCCG